AUGAGUCGCUGCAAAGAGGAGCAGGUGCGGCAGCCCACCUUUUUCAGCGUGGCAGGGUCUAUGGGCUGUCGGGAAAGUCCGAUGGCUGGGUCCGGCCUGUCUGAUACCACCGCUGAGCCGUGGGGAAGCUCGGGCUCGGAACGGCAGAGACGGCUGUUCGGCCUGGAUGAGGACGCCGAUUGCUCAUCUGAGACGCGCACAGUUGAAGGGAAGACUUCUCUCUUUCGGAUACGUCUAGAAAACGGCCCUUCUGGUCAAGCCGACACCACAACAGAAGACGCUGCACCAGAGAGGCUCGAGCCAGUCGAACACAGCGACAAUCUCGCAAGGACGCGGCCGCUAGACCCGUCCUACUUCAACGGUAGAUUCGAUCAAGUCUGGAGGGAGAUCGAAGCUGUACAGUCCUCGACCUUUCCAAGAUUCUACAACAAGCUGAUCUGGUCAAGGCCAGGUGGUGCCGUUCAAGAUGAAGACCAACUAGUGCCAAAUUCACGAAGAUGGAGACUUCAAGGCAAGGGUCCGACCUCGAAGGAAACGAUGAAUCGGGCGCAGCUUCAAGUCCUUAGAUUGCUGCAGGAGGAUGUUGAUAUUCGGAGGGCAAAAUUGGCAGUGACCUUUCCACGCGAAGGACGAGAGCAUUUCGUCGAGGUUCACUUCAGCACCUUCAAAGCUUUUCGUGCCGCUGCAACGGUGGCCCUCCGCAUUGAAGGCGAGACGUUGGAACAGGUCAGAUCGGCUCGACCGACCAGGCUUGAACAGAUCCUGAUCACGGUACACCAGGUCAGGCCGCAGCGAGCAAGAGAGCUGUGGAUGGAAAUGCGUAGAAAGCUCGAAGAGCAAGUGGAAUCUCAGCACUUGUGGGCUCGACGCAAGGAGGAAGAAUGGACCAACGGCAAGCAACCACCAUUAAGCUCGGCAGGAAGGAAGACGAAGGAAAGCACCAUCACGUUGAUAGGUUUGGCCGUGUUCCGACCGGGAUACACAGCCAGGCAUGUGCCGGGAUUUAUCUGA